AUCUAGAGCACAGUCGAGCCUUACCAGCCGUCGUGAAAACAUCUUUACCCAACGAAACUAACAAAACUACAUUGAAAACCAGCAAUCAUGGCACCUUCGAACAUGGAUUACCACAACGAGUCGGAGGAAGUCAGUGAGAGCUAUACCCACAAAAAGUUCAAGACCUCCGCCUACACGCACAAAAAGUUUGGCAAGAAGAACAGCAAGGAAGUUGCCGCCUCUGCCACGACCACGCCUCUUUUCCGGCCAUACGCCCUCAGCGAGAACACUCCACGAAAGCGUCGUCAAGGAACGGAGCGGGAAGUGCAACAGCAGCAGCAAUUUCAUCCACAUUCACUGCCACCCACGCCACCUACAACUCCGCCGCAGCAGCAAUAUUCGAUGCCUGCCACCCAAUUUCCGGUCACCCAAGUUCCAGCUACUCAUUCACCUGUGUUGAAUCACCAGGCCUACGCAUACAUGCUCCAGAAGCAGCGUGCCGUGCUCCAAAUGCGCCAACUGCUGAGCAUCAAUCCGGAUGCCAGCACCUGGCCACUGGAAUGGCGACAGGCCCUUCAGGCGCUGCUCCAACAAUGAGCAUUGCCAUGGAGCCUCAUAUUAUAGAUUCUGAACGGAGUGAUUUGCCUAGCAACCAGUGAUAUAGCCCUUUAAGUGACCGCGGACAAAUUGUACAAUAUGAACGAAAGCAAAGCCCUAGCUUAAUUGUAAA